CAGGGCGCAGCCAUGGGAAGAGGAGGCGGUCUGGGGAACGGCGGCGGCGGCGGCGGCGGCUGCUCCAGCGGCGGUGGCGGCGGCGGCUGCUGCUGAGCCCGGGCGGUGGCCGGGACCCCCGGCUGGGGCCACGCGGGCCCGAAGCCCCCGCGCCAGCGGCCCCGGCGCGGACGCGAACCCGCGCUGUCUCCAGAGGCGAGACUCUGAGGUCCUACAGGUAUGGAUCUCUGGCAGCUGCUGUUGACCGUGGCACUAGCAGGUUCAAGUGAUGCUUUCUCUGGAAGUGAGGCCACACCAGCUACCCUUGGCAGAGAAUCCAAGAGUCUUCACAGAGUUCAUCCAGGACUGGGAACAAAUUCUUCUUGGAAGCCCAAAUUCACCAAGUGCCGUUCACCUGAACUAGAGACUUUCUCAUGCCACUGGACAGAUGGGGUGCAUCAUGGCCUGACGAGCCCAGGAUCUGUGCAGCUGUUCUAUAUAAGAAGGAGCACGCAGGAAUGGACUCAAGAAUGGAAAGAAUGCCCUGAUUAUGUUUCUGCUGGCGAGAACAGCUGCUACUUUAAUUCAUCGUAUACCUCCAUUUGGAUCCCCUACUGUAUCAAGCUAACUAACAAUGGGGGUACAGUGGAUCAAAAGUGUUUCUCUGUUGAGGAAAUAGUGCAACCAGAUCCACCCAUUAGCCUCAAUUGGACUUUACUGAACAUUAGCUUAACUGGGAUUCAUGCAGAUAUUCAAGUGCGAUGGGAACCACCACCCAAUGCAGAUGUUCAGAAGGGGUGGAUAGUUUUGGAGUAUGAACUUCAAUACAAAGAAGUAAAUGAAACGCAGUGGAAAGUGAUGGACCCGGUCUUGUCAACAUCAGUUCCAGUAUACUCGUUAAGGCUGGACAAGGACUAUGAAGUGCGUGUGAGAUCCAGACAACGAAACUCUGAAAAAUAUGGCGAAUUCAGUGAGGUGCUCUCUGUAACCCUGCCUCAAAUGAGCCCAUUUGCAUGUGAAGAAGAUUUCCAGUUUCCUUGGUUCCUAAUUAUUAUCUUUGGAAUAUUUGGACUGACUGCCAUGCUAUUCGUAUUCAUCUUUUCUAAACAGCAAAGGAUUAAGAUGCUGAUUCUGCCCCCAGUUCCAGUUCCAAAAAUUAAAGGAAUUGAUCCAGAUCUCCUCAAGGAAGGAAAAUUAGAGGAGGUGAACACAAUCUUAGCCAUUCAUGAUGGCUAUAAGCCUGAGUUCUUCAAUGAUGACUCGUGGGUUGAAUUUAUCGAGCUAGACAUAGAUGACCCUGAUGAAAAGACCGAGGGGUCGGACACAGACAGACUCCUAAGCAACAACCAUGAGAAGUCAUUGACCAUCCUUGGGGCGAAAGAUGACGACUCUGGACGUACCAGCUGUUAUGAACCUGACCUCCUGGAAACUGACUUCAAGGGUGACGAGAUCUCAGAGGCUGCUCAACCGCAGAGGUCAGAAGGGGAAGCAGAUCUCUUGUGCCUUGACCAGAAGAAUCAAAGGGACUUACCUUACCAAGAUAUUUCCCCUGCCGCGCAGCAGCCCCACGUCGUCCCCGCAGAAGACAAACCGCGAUCGCUUCUUGCUGGUGAAAUCGAGUCAACUCUUCAAGCUGCACCUUCUCAGCUCAGCAAUCCAAAUUCACUGGCAAACAUCGACUUCUACGCCCAGGUUAGUGACAUCACGCCAGCAGGGAGUGUGGUCCUUUCCCCGGGCCAGAAGAAUAAGGCAGGGAAUUCUCAGUGCGAUGCUCAUCCAGAGGUGAGCCCAUUGUGCCAAGCCAACUUCCUCAUGGACAACGCCUACUUCUGCGAAGCAGACGCCAAGAAGUGCAUCACCACGGCCCCUCAGGUUGAGCGGGAAUCACGUGCCGUACCCAGCUUUAACCAGGAGGACAUUUAUAUCACCACAGAAAGCCUUACCACUACUGCGGGGAGGUCUGGAGCAGUGGCAGCCACAUCGGGUUCCGAGGUGCCCGUCCCGGACUAUACCUCCAUUCAUUUAGUGCAGUCUCCGCAGGGCCUCGUACUCAACACAGCACCCUUGCCUGUGCCCGUGCCCUUGCCUGACAAGGAGUUUCUCUCAUCUUGUGGCUAUGUGAGCACAGACCAACUGAACAAAAUCAUGCCUUAGCUCUUCUUAGAUUUCCCAAGAGCUACUAUGUCUUUCAUGGCAAAGGAUUGGCUAGGGCAUGAAUGCUUAAACCAAAACAAUGUGUAAACCUUGCUAGGGGUGCAAUGGCAGAAUAGGAGGUGGAUUCUAAAUGCCUUUUUUGGAAAUGUUGAGACAGGAUAUUAAAAAGGAAAAAAGAAAAAUCAGAGGAAUGCUUAAUCAGAUAGCUACUCCUAUUGUGAAUUGUAAAUAUUUUAAAGAAUUGUCUCAGACUGUUUCGUGGUAGUGAUUGUCUCCUUGUGGUGGGUGUUAAUUUCAUGAUACUAAGCAUUGAAUGGCUAUGUUUUAAUGUACAGUAAAAAUCAUGCUUUUUGAAAAAGCGAAAAAUCAGGUGGCUUUUGCAGUUCAGGAGAACUGAAUGAGAAUCAUAGCACAGGCUAAUUUUUGUUUUUC